CAAUCACGUCCCUCCGCUCAAAGAGGGUCACGCAGCGCUGCUCGUCUCAUCUGCGGCUGUCUUCUUCGAGAAAACCUCCAGCCUCUCUCCCGCCGGCCGCGGGACUCGAGCCAUCGGAGAUGAACAGCGUCGGAGAGGCCUGCAACGACCUGAAGCGGGACUACGACCAGUGCUUUAACCGCUGGUUCGCGGAGAAGUUCCUGAAGGGAGACCGGAGCGGCGACCCGUGCACCGAGACCUUCCGGAAGUACCAGCGGUGCGUGCAGAAGGCCAUUCAGGAGAAGGACAUCCCGAUCGACGGGGUGGAGUUCAUGGGCCCCAACAAGGACAAGCCCGAGAGCUGAUGAUCGAUCACCGCACAAGAUCGAUAAUGACCCCCCGGCACGGGAGGGGGCGAGCGGGGAAGAGUGUGGCACGAGGCCCGCUGAGCAUGCGCAGAGCGGCCUCUGAACGCAGUGCGCGCGUGCUAAAACGCACAGAACUGAUCCCGGAACAGUUUGUAUUUGUUAAUCAGUUCUUUAAUAGCUGUCGUUUGUGGGAUAGUUUAAGAUCGAUCCCAUCGAUCAGGAAAUGAGUCUUAUUCAUUAUUAUUCUUUCGCUGUUUAUUCCACAGAGACGGAGUAUUUUGCAAUAACUCAUUUGAAGACGUUACUGUGUAGAUUUACCUUAAUUUUUGACAUUUUAGGAGAUACAAUAUUAACAUAUCUUAACUGGAAUAAAAUGUCAUCAAUCAAUAACACAA